GUAAUCAUUAUGCGAACUUAUCCUCAUCCAAAUAUUGUUGAAAUGUUUGGUUCUUAUUUAAUCGGUAAUGAAUUAUGGGUAGCUAUGGAAUAUUUAGAAGGUGGUGCAUUAACCAAUAUUGUUACACGUACAUUAAUGUCAGAGAAACAAAUAGCCACUGUCUGUCGUGAUGUUCUUCGUGCAUUGGCAUUUCUUCAUGAUCAUGGUAUUAUUCACAGAGAUAUCAAGUCGGAUUCUAUUUUAUUAUCAAUCAAUGGACGCGUAAAACUUUCUGAUUUUGGAUUUUGUGCAAGAGUUUCUCCUGAUCAUCCACGAAGGCGUAGUCUUGUAGGAACACCAUAUUGGAUGUCACCUGAAGUGAUCAGUCGUUUACCUUAUAACACCUCAGUUGAUGUAUGGUCAAUGGGUGUUUUACUCAUAGAAAUGGUUGACGGUGAACCGACAUUUUUCAAUGAACCUCCAUUGCGUGUUAUGCGGCAUAUUCAAAGAGAUGCUAUUCCUCAUUUAAUGUAUCCUCACAAGGUAUGAAUGGUUAUAGUUAGCUUAUAGUUGUUCAAUAUUUG